AAAAAGCUGGCAAGGCUUGCAGGAGAGAGGCUAUUAAGGGGCUCUGUCUUUUUUCUAAAGCAUUAAAAUGAAAAUAAAAGUCCUGUGGCCCCUCGCUUGAGUCCCCAAAGUACCUGAACUGAGCUCUGAGCAAGGAAAGUGGGAGGCCCCGGGCGAGGGGGUGGCGUGAGAAGUGGGUUGGUUGACAAGGUGGAAGGGCAGAGCCGGCCGAGGAACCGGGACUUGGCUGGAGAGCUGCGCCAGAGGCAGGUGCCAGCUGAGAGUGGGCGGAGGUGCCCGCGCCAAGGGAGGCGCGGGGAGGCACCGCGUUACCUCUGCCUCUCCGAGUCCCGGCGCACCGACAAGCUUGCCCCGGAGCCCCUGCUUCGCCGGCUCCCCUGUCUCGUUGCCCGCGCCAGCCGGUGCACGGGCGUCCCCGCCGCCCGCAGAAGGAGCUGCGAGAUCAGUCGCAGCAGCAGCCUAGGCGACAGCAUCCUCCGGAGAGACGCCCCGGGCUCCGCCGCCGCCUGGCUCCUCCCGGGGUUGAGCGUCGCCGCCUGCUCGCUCCGCUGCUCCUCGCUGUCGCCCCCUGCCCCGCCACCCGUCCGCCCGCGGCUGGCAGCAGGACCCGCGCCCCGGGGCUUUUCACCUGCAGCGGGCGCCCGGAGAGAAGGAGCGAGAACCGGGCGCUCGGGAGACACCAACCCCUCGUCUCCACUCUGCACGGAUUAGGUUCGCCCGCCAACGCCGCGAGCCCGGGCGCUCUCUGCACCCAGUCCCCAAGUUCAGGGACUACACCCCUGGAGAGUGUGCUUCCCAGCGCGCUGUGCGUCUCGGCCGCGUCGCUCCCGGCCGGCCCGCGGGACUCCAGGCGCCGCUUCGACCUGCGCCCCCGUCACCCCUCUGCGCCCAGGCACCCUCCGGGGUCCACGGAGACGUUCCGCCCGCGCCCGGCGCCCACCUUGGCCCGCGCGCCGCCGCCCCGAGCCCCCGCUGGGCCAUGCCGGGGCUGCGCCGGGACCGCGUGCUGACCCUGCUGCUGCUGGGCGCGCUGCUCUCCGCCGACCUCUACUUCCACCUCUGGCCCCAAGUGCGGCGCCAGCUGCGGCUCCGGGAGGACCCGCGCGACUGCCUCUGCACCGGCCGCCGCUCGUCGCCGGCCCGGGACCCUCGCCCCGCAGUGCACAACUUUUCCCAGGCCGGCUCCGGCUCCAAGCUGCAGGCCCUUUUCGCCCACCCGCUGUACAGCGUCUCGGAGGAACCGCCUCUCGGCCCCGACGACUUGCUCCUGGCCAGCCAGGAGGCGCUGCGGUAUUACCGGAGGAAAGUGGCCCGCUGGAACAGGCGACAAAAGAUGUACAGAGAGCAGCUGAACCUCACCUCCCCGGGCCCCCCACUGCAGCUCCAGCUCGAGGCCAGCUGGGUCCAGUUCCACCUGGGGAUCAGUCGCCGCGGGCUGUACUCCCUGGCCAGCCCUGUCGUCAGCAAGCUCCUGCAGGACAUGAGGCUCUCUCCCACCGUCAGUGCAGACUACAGUCAGGACGAGAAAGCCUUGCUCGGGGCGUGUGACUGCAGCCAGAUUGUGAAACCAAGUGGGGUCCACCUGAAGCUGGUUCUGAGGUUUGCAGACUUUGGGAAGGCCAUGUUCAAACCCAUGAGACAGCAGCGAGAUGAGGAGACGCCCGUGGACUUCUUCUAUUUCAUUGACUUUCAGAGACACAACGCGGAGAUCGCGGCUUUCCAUCUGGACAGGAUUCUGGACUUCCGACGGGUGCCACCAACAGUGGGGAGGCUAGUAAACGUCACCAGGGAAAUCCUGGAGGUCACCAAGAAUGAAAUCCUGCAAAGUGUUUUCUUUGUCUCUCCAGCCAGCAACGUGUGCUUCUUCGCCAAGUGUCCAUAUAUGUGCAAGACCGAGUACGCUGUCUGUGGCAGCCCCCACCUGCUGGAGGGCUCCCUCUCUGCGUUCUUGCCAUCCCUCCACCUGGCCCCCAGGCUGUCUGUGCCCAACCCCUGGAUCCGCUCCUACUCACUGGCGGGGAAAGAAGAGUGGGAGGUCAAUCCACUUUACUGCGACACAGUGAAACAGAUCUACCCCUACAAUAGCAGCAACCGGCUCCUCAAUGUCAUCGACAUGGCCAUCUUUGACUUCUUGAUAGGAAAUAUGGACCGUCACCAUUAUGAGAUGUUCACAAAAUUUGGGGAUGAUGGGUUCCUUAUUCACCUUGACAAUGCCAGAGGGUUCGGACGACACUCCCAUGAUGAAAUAUCCAUCCUCUCACCUCUCUCCCAGUGCUGCAUGAUAAAAAGGAAAACACUUCUGCACCUGCAGCUGCUGGCCCAACCAGACUACAGACUCAGUGAUGUUAUGCGGGAGUCCUUGCUAGACGACCAGCUCACCCCAGUCCUCACAGAACCCCACCUCCUUGCCCUGGAUCGGAGACUGCAAAUCAUCCUGAAGACAGUGGAGGGGUGCCUAGAGGCCCAUGGAGAGCAGAGUGUCAUAGCCAGUAGCCCAGGAGAACAAUCAGCCCCAGAUUCAGCCUGGCCAAAGUGACCAGCUAGGGGCAGGAAGAGACGUUUAGAAAAUACACCAGGAGCCAGCAGUGCACUCCCCAAGUGCUGACCACUGCUGCUUCACCUUCACCUUCACCCAUGGCUGCUGGAGGUCUCGAUCUCAGGAAGGAUGGAGGGCAUUGGGAUUGUUCUGAAACAGCAAGAUAAGUGGGAUCCACUGAACCUGUAUCUCUUGGUGCAUUGUGUCUAGAGUGAAAUGCCUUGGCUCCCUCUUUCCCAGAAAGCACUGUUUUCAUCAAGGCCACAGUCUAUCCUCUGAGCCCACUGGGAAAUCUGGAUAUGGUUCAGGCUUGGAAGGUUUGGAAGCCUCAGUCCUAGGAGAGUAUUAACCAUGAUGAAUAAAAUAAAAGGACAUCAAGUGGUUACCUAACUUUCCUUUAGAUUCUUAUUAUAUCUACAAGUCAAGGAUAAUUCCCCAGACCAGGUAUAUCACCAGCAGGCUAAAAAUUGGCAACCACUAAUACUUAGACUGGUUUAAAUGAGAUUUUACACUUUCUACUUAGAUUCCAGUCAUUAGGGCCCAAUUAGAAUACAAUAUUCUCUACUGAUAGGUCUUAACAUAACUUGUCAGAAAUGCUAUGGUAAGAGGUAAAAGAAACAUAUAGGGAUUUGCUCAAAAUAUCAGAAAAGGGGUGUUUCAAUCUGAAAAGUAUUAAGGAUCAACUAAAAUAAUAUCAAGUGUAUUGAAGAGUAAAAAAAAUUACAUCCAAGAACAACAGAAGGAAGUUCAAUGGAGGGUAAAUGAGAAGGGGGGGGGGGGUGCCAGUUGAGGAGGUCUCUGGAAGGUCAGGUGGAGCAGCCUGGAAACAGGCCCAUCACGGAGAUGAGCAUGUACCAAGGCCAGAGAGAGGAAAGCUGGGGCCCCAUCAACCACAAUCCUUUUCCCAUAAAAUCCUAGGAACUGCCCCCCACCUACUCCCGAUAACCAGAGGCAGUUUCAUUCUCCCAGAGGAGUAGGGGGCUAUCUGGAGAGAGAGGACACUUUAAAUACCCCUCCCCACAGCUGCUUGCUCAAAAGGGACUAAGGCAAGCUUCCUUUCCAAGCCUCCCUUGAAAGUAGAAUAUUAGGGAUUCCCAGCCUCUUCGACCUCCCUACUGACUUGGUGGCAUCUGAAAUUCCUUUAAUAGGGGGCUUUGUUUCUCAUUCCACAAUUAAUGACAGAAAAUGCAAAUGAUAGGAACAUACUCAUACUAUGUUAUUAACUGGUCAACAAGUAAAAAUGUCUGAUUUCAUCAGAUCAACUUCUCUUCUGAUAAAGGCCAGAGAUUCAAAUACUACGAGUGUGAAGGGAGUAGAAAGCAAGUCUACUCUCUACCCUAAUUUGAAACAAGGUUAAGGACUAGAAAUGUCAUUCAAGACUUCUGCAGUGUGUUCAAAAACAGCCCUGAAAGGAUCAAUAUCUGACCCACGCCAGUACCCCACCUUCCUGUCGCAUUGCCCCUGAACGUGUAUCUCCACAAUUUUAAAGUCAUGACCAUUCACUGAGUUCCUCCCAUGUGCAGUUUUACCUGCAUUUCAGAAUCAACAUUCAGGUUUCCAGUCCUCCCAAACAUCCAGACAGAAUCCCCUACUGCCACUGUACAGAGAAGAAAACUAAAGCUCAGAGAGCUUAACUGAAAUUACACAAUUUUAAGGUGUUUUCUACUGUAAUUAAAAAAAAAAGAACAGCAUUUCAACCACUUUAUACUUAUUUGCUUUUAAAAAAAAUCAACUAUUUACUAGAGGAACUUUUAAUCCCAGAGAAUUCUUUAACUGAGGUGACUCUAUUGAUGCAUAGGGCUUCCCACUGUUUCUCCUACUUCAGCUUUGCCCUUUGGAGGAGGGACCAGGAAAUCACACUGAGAAAAGGUAAAAAAUAUUCAGUGCAGAGUUCACAAGAUUGCACAAAAUGGCCAUUUAGUCUGGGACUUCCAAGUUGUAGGACUUCAGGAAGGUAAGCUACAGCUCCGUCUCAAACCCAGUCACUUCUGUCCUAACGGACUCGCUUUUAAAUGCCCCCAAAUAAAAUUUUGUUGCACUUUUUGUAUGACAGCAAUAAGUCUGACCAAAAGAAAAACUAACAAAUCAAUGACACAAUGCCAUCCAACAGAAACUAAGGAUUAACUGUUACCUUUUCCCUUCCUCCCCCAAACCAAUCUUGAAGUGACUAAGAGCUGAAUCUGACCACAACAUGUAGAAUACCUCAACAUCAUACUAAUUCACUUAUAUUUAACAUUCCAUUAUUUUUUUGCCUAAUUACAAAGUUAAGGCUCUAUCGUUUGUCAAAAAUAUCAGAAAACAAAAGAUUUCCUUCUUGGAACUAUCAACUUCUUCCAACAUAUUGGAACUGUUGCUUAACUUCCCACGAAAUAAAAAUUCUCCUCUAUGUAAAACCUUUUAUUGUUAUUACUGACAGCAAUCUAAAAAAUGAAAAGGGAUUGUAUAGUAUAUGAAUUAGUGGGGAAAGGGAAUUCAUGUUAGCCUUCCCAAAGUCAGACUAAGGGCAAUUUGUUGAG